AUGAUUAUUACUAACUUAUUAUCUUUAUUUUUAGUUAAACAUAAAGAUAAAGGAAUUUCGCCAUCAAAACAAAAAGAUAAAUUAGUGUCUCCAUCGAGAAAAAAAGAUGCAUCAAUAUCACCACCUAAAGAAAAAGAUGAAUUAACAUCAUCAUCUAAAGAAAAAGAUAACUUAGCGUCUCCAUUUAAAGUAAAACUUAAAUUACAACGACCACCAAAACAUAAACUAACAUCUACGUCUAAAGAAAAAAAGUCUCCAUUAAAAGCAAGACUAAAAUUUCGGCUAGCACCAAAAGAAAAAGAUAAAUCCGGGCCUCCGUCAGGAGAUGAAUAUGCGGUGCAAUUAAAAGUAAAACCAAAAUCGCAACGACUACCAAAAAAGAAAGAUAAAUCUACGCUUGCAUCAGGAGGUGAAUCAACGCCCCCAUUAAAAGCAAGACCAAAAUUACGACGAGCAUCAAAAGAAAAAGAUAAAUCAGCACCUCCAUCAAAAGAUAAAUCAUCGUCUACAUCAAGAAGUGAAUUAACGCCCCCAUUAAAAGUAAAAUCAAAAUCGCAACGACCACUAAAAAAAAGAGAUAAGCUUACACUUACCUCAGGAGGUGAAUCAACGCCCCCAUUAACAGCAAAACCAAAAUUACGAAGAGCGUCAAAAGAGAAAGGUACAUUAACACCUUCAUCAAAAGAUAAACUUUCGUUUAUAUCAGGAAGUGAAUUACUGCCCCCAUUAAAAGUAAAACCAAUAUCGCAACGACCACCAAAAAAAAGAGAUAAGUUUACACUUACAUCAGGAGGUGAAUCAACGCCCCCAUUAAAAGCAAAACCAAAAUUACGACAAGCAUCAAAAGAAAAAGAUACAUCAUCGCCUCCACCAGAAAAUGAAUAUGCGCUGAAAUUUAAAGUAACACCAAAAUUAAGACGAUCACCUAAUGAAGUAGGUAAAUUAGCGCCUGUAUCAAAAGAGAAAGGUAAAUUAGUACCUUCAUCAAAAGAUAAAUCAUCGUCUCCAUCUGAAGACAAAUCAACACUUUCAUCAAGAGAUCUUCUUUUUGGACAAUCUGAGUCAUCUGGACUUAAAACGCCUAAGAAAAAAUACAAGACGUCAAAGAAAACGAUAGAUAAGUCUAGUCUACCAAAAUUCCUGCAGACUCCAGCUAACUUAUGGAACAAAUAUUUAUGUUCAAAGAGUGAUUUCAGGAAAAAAUUGAGGCAACAAAGUGGAAGAAGCUGGCUGAAGAUACUAAAAGGUCCAACUGCGCAUGACCGCAUUAAGGCAAAGAUAAGAGACAAAGACUUUGGAAAAGCAUAUCGGAUAUCGUCAAAUGAAGGAAACGAUUCUUUUAGGCCACGUAGAAAAGGUAGAACACAAAAUUAA